GUGUACAUGUGUCAGAGUUGUAAUAUAGUACAGUAGCGAUAGACGAAACCAGCCAACUUUAACGCUAUUUAUCUAAUUAAACAGCGGAUUAAUCUGUUAUUCUCGUCUCUGCGGUAAGAGACAGUGAGGUUUCGACACAAUGGGGUUUAUAAUGUCUAAAGCCAUGGAUCAGAAUAUGCAGAGGCAGCAGGAGUUUAUGCUCCACAAUGCCCGAGUGCAGAUGGAGCGUCAGAUCCUGAUGCAGAAUGAAAUGCGGGAGAGGCAGAUGGCCAUGCAGGUGGCCUGGUCCAGAGAAUUCAUCAAAUACUACGGGACCUUCUUCGGCCUGGCUACAUUCGCCCUCACUGCAGGAGCCAUAAAGAACAAGAAGCCUGGUCUGUUUGUUCCUGUGGUUCCACUCAGCUUUGUUAUGGCGUACCAACUGGACAUGGCGUACGGGACACUCAUCCACCGCAUGAGAGGUGAAGCAGAGAGCAUCAUGGUGUCUGAAAAAGAUUGUUUGGAUAUGCCUCACGGGAUGCCCACGUUCGACAGCAUCGAGAAAACAAGAAGAGCCAGAGCUCAUCUCCCCCCACUGUCUGAUAAAUGAGGACCCUCAGCCUGGCUGCAGGGGUCCGCAUCAGCCAAUCACAGUGAAGGUCCACUUUCAGGCAGAUGAAUAUUCAGUCAAUACUCAGAUACACCAACAGACGAUCCAUCAGACGCCAUCAGAGCAUCAUCAAAGCAUUAUCAAAGUUAUCAUUUGAGCUUUAAUUACUGUUAGACAGAGCCCUGCUGAAGCUAAUGUUAAAAAUAAAUAUAUGAUAAUUUUAUAUUAAAAUGGUGAUAAUUUAUAGAGUUCAGUAUAUUCCGUCCAUUGUACUGCAGCAGUUAAUUCCCAAGUGUAAUAUAUAUUUUUUGUCACCUGCUUUAGUGUUUUAGCCUUUGAAAAGCAGUGAUGAAUGUAUUUGUAUUUAAUAGAAAACAAGAAUAGUAAUUCAUAUGCAGCCUUUUUUACAAUACUUUUCUUUGUUUUUAUUAUAAUAUACAAUAAAAAAUAAAGACAAAGAAAAACAAGUUCCAAGUUAUGAUUAGCCUUAAAUUAAAUUUUAUUACAAGUCUUUUAGGAGCAUUUCUAUAGUUUUUUUUUUCUUUCAUCAUGAAAUUCUGACAAAAACUGAACUGACCUGGCAAAUUUACAUUAUGUCAAAAUGGCGCAGUUUGAGAUACAAGGUUUUUGUCCAACAGUGCUGAGAAUAACGACCCACUAUUCAGAUAAUACUGUCUGAUCUGUGUUGGUUUUCUAUCCUGUGGGGUUCUGAGUAUUGAAGAACAGGGAGAAAAAAAGGAGGAUAAUAAUAAAAUAUACAGAGAAACAGAUAAGCGCUCCUAUAUGAUCAGUGGAGCUGAAACAAGGAGGUGGUCAUAAUGUUAUUAUGCUUGAUUGGUGUGUAUGUGCAGUAUUUAGUCUUCUGUGAAAAUUAAAAAAGAUAUAUAUAAUUUGAGCAUUAAAUGUUUAUUUACUCAGUAAACAACAACAGCAGUGCAAUGCAGUGUGUAAAGGCAGGUAGUGUAAAGGUUAUGUACAUAUAGUAUAUUGUCCAAUUAAAUAUAUAAACUUAAUUAUAUGACGUGCCUAUUUUGGAAGCAGUGAUAGCAUACAGUAGCAUAGUUAAUCUGUUUUACUGAUUAGCCCUUUUAAAAGUAACUUUGAAUUGAAUUACUUGAGAAUUACUUGCUUGUAAAAGAUUACAAUUCAUUAUUUAAACACACACACACACACACACACACAUUAACAUGACAACCAGUUUUUGCCAAAACUCACUUUAGUGGAAGUGAAUCUGCAGUAAUGUUCUGUGUUAACUGUCUGUUAAAACAUGCACUACUGUGUUUAGGGAAUUUACAAAAAGCAUGUGAUUGGGGAGAGAGUAGGGGUGUGGUCUCUGUGUAUGUGUGUGUGUGUAUGUGUGUGUGUGUGUGUGUGUGUGUUUGAGGUGGAGAGAGAGGGGGGCUUGCUGUGUGUGUGUGUUCUGUAUGAGUGCCUGUUUUAGCCUGUUAGCUUGUUAGCUCGCUAGCCUGUUGUUAUUUUUCUAGCAGUUCCAGCUAUAAAGCGACGAUAUUUGCUUAUCUUUUCACUAAGGAAAAUGAUAAAAUAGUAACAUACAGUGACAUGGAUUAGUAACUGUAAUCUAAUUGGAAAUAGCAACACCUUACUGGAUUACUCGUCACUGAAAAAAAAUGGUCAGAUUAGAGUAACGCAUUACUAAGUAAUCACUGAUUGGAGAAUUAGUUUUGCCACUCUAGAACUCAUCCCAAAAUAACCAGACACUAUGACAGCUCCACUGCUCCAAAUCCUAAUUUCCUUCCCAUCAGCAGUGUUUUUUUAAUGGAAACCUCUGUAUGUAUAUUGUGAUUAAAUACUGAAUGCUAUAUCACAGACCAGCAAGUGCCUACAUACACAACAGUGACGUGCCAGUGGUUAAAUUACCAGGUUAAUAUUCUGAAUGCAGGUUUUAUAUCAGGUAAAUAUCAUUAUAAAUGUUGUUCUCUGCACCUCAAAUUCAAUUAUUGAGGAGAGCUGCCGAAUUAAAUGGCUGAGCUGAGUUUCUACCACCUCUAUUACUGCUGAAGAAUAUUUUAACAGUUGUGUUAACAAGACAAUCUUGCCAAAGUGAAAAAAUAUAUACCUUUAUGGUUGAGCAUAAUUGCAAAUCUGGGAAAUAAAUAGUGUUCUAGAGUUACCAUAACUUUUAAUUCCUGGUUGUUUGAUCUGGCUUUUUGUCUACUUAGCAACACCCUAGCAACCACUAAGCGACAUCAUAGCAUCUACCUAAAAUACUAAAUGAUUCAGAUUGCCACACUGCAUUACCCACUAUGCAACAUCAUAGCAUCUGCCUGGAAUACCAAGUGAUGCAGCUUGCUGCACUAUAUCACCCAGCUUUUGUCUGCUUAGCAACACCCUAGCAACCACUCACCAACAUUGUAGCAUCUGCCUAAAAUACCAUAGCAGUCACAAAGCAUUAAUAUCAGCGAGUGAUCUGAUUGGAUGUGGUGGAAUUACUGGCAUUCUGAACAAUAAAUACAAUAAAUGUAUUUGUCAGUAUAAAUCA